CUGUGCGCGUCGCGUGUGUUCGGACCGACCGAAAACUUUUGCGAUAUCGUUUGGAACGAUCGGAAAGUUACUUUUUAAAUUUUUAAAGUAGAAGUAUUCGCGCGUUUUGAGUGUUGCAAACAGUGAAAGGUGUGGGAGCUUCGCGUGGACGAAAGUUUGAUGUGCCUUCGCAUUCAUCGCUAAGCCAACCGGUCAAAGAACUGAUAACAUAAAUCUUUAAAAGUCCUACAACUUCAGAAAAAAAGUUUCCGUGAUAAUCCUGGCCGGUAGAAAUAGAUGCCCGAUAAUUUGGAAGAAGAAAAGUUUGAGGUUAGGCUGUGGCUUGCUGGCGGCGGUGGAUCUGGGUGGGGUGCGCGGGCGCCGUCGCGCAGCGCAGCCCGCUCGGCUGGGCCAUGGGCAGCUCGCAGCGCCUCGCCGCCGUGGCCGCGGCCUCGCACGCGCGCCACUAUAACCAUAGCCACGAAGUGCUGCAGACGGAGACUGCGCAUUACAAUGUCAACAUACUCUUUGUCAGUGCGACGUUAUGUGGGGUGCUAGUGGCGGUGUGCGCCGCUUGCUGGCGACGUUCCCCGUCGUCGAACAAGCCUGAAGACGUAUCCGAAGUCAGCGGCGUCUACACUGUCAGCGGAGACAGCAGGCUUAACCAGGUCGUGGAUCCCCCUCCUGGUCCUCCCCCCGCCUACGACACCGUGGUCGACUGCCCUGCCGAACCGAAGGACUGUUCGUUACAGGAGGUGACAACAGAGCCCUGUAGCCACUGCAAGCCGCGCUGCGACAGCGGGCUACCGUCAUACGAAGCUGCCGUGAUGCUAAAAGACACUAAGUUAUAAUCCCGAGUGAACCCCACCAGCACCCAUCCAGUAGCACUCUUUCUAAGUAAUAUAGUUAAAAAGAGAUGGGUAGUUCUCAGGGUGUCGCGGCACAUGCGCUUAUGAGAUUCAGGGCACUGAGCCUCUUAUAGUGCUGUAUGGAGUUAUGUACAGUUUGUGUAGAAUACAACAGACAACGGGCUGGCUUCAUACCAAGUUAACUCUUAUGUUAGAAAACAGUAUAGCGUCCGAGUAAUCGUCACACGCAAGAAAAGGUAGCGCGCUGUACUUAUGUAUAGUAUAUAAGACAAUAUAGCCUUGUAGGUGUAAACCCCGUUGAAAGACACCAGUUGCCGCGUCAGUGUAACCCCAACGAACACGAGUGAGAUCCCAAAAAAUUAGUGAUGGCCUGCAGCCGCGUGACGCAUGUUCAACAUAGAAAAUAACAGCGCCUUUAACCAACGGCAACAGGGGCAUUCCACAAAAAGGUCUAAUUUGUCGGUGACGUGACGUGUAUGGUAGCUACUUUAAUAACCUGCAGAAAUCAAAUGUUAUCAAGCCAAAUAUUAGGUUUUUAUUUCUUAGCUUUAUCAGAAGUGUUAAUAAAAUAGUGUGACGUACCCGAUACUUUUCUGGAAUGCCCCACCGAAGCCAUAGCGAUGCUAAUGUAUGUUAUGAUUGCGCCAAAGCAAUCAUAGACUCGCGUAUAGUGUAUCAGUUUUUUUUGAUUCGGUCCCAAAAUCACACAUUAGUUCCGCAUCAAUAGACGAGCGUUAUUAUACCUGAGUUCUUCCUGAGUUACGCAAUCAAUGAAUAAUGAACCCACGUCAUGAACACAUGAAAAGUAAUUAUAAGUUAUCUGACAUCGUACCUUUGAAAAUAAUUACGAUAAUGUUUAACACAAUUAUUUUCUUAUAAUUGCAAAAGUGAGUGGUGAAUGUGGCGAUGAUUUCUAGUCUUUGCUCUAUCAAAGACACGAAAUCUUGAUAAAAAUUAAAAUCGUUGCAGAGCAGCCUAAAUCCUCGUACCUAUUACGGUAGUCGAUAUCGCGCUACGCUAUCGAUUCAUCACGGCUAAGUGUCAGACUAUGUCGCGUGCACUCGGCGUCAACGGCAAUCCUCAAAUCGUGAUAAGACUUCAGUGCUGUUAUUCCAACUGUUUACUGAACACAGAUGACUCGAACGUCAACCCGAGGAACACGGAACGAAUGCUCCAAGUUGACGCCGGUUGCCAUAAAUUAGUUUUUGCCAAUAUGUGGCGGUCGGUGUCAGCGUCGAGCGUCGGAGUCGGGAGCGAGCCGAGACGUGGGCGUAAUAUCAGUCAGUCUGACUGUGAAAUUCCUCAACAUUGCCCAACGAUACCAAAUCAUGACUAAAAUUAAAUCGCUAGUCUAGAACUUCGUACCUACGCUAAUCGAUAGCGCGCUACACUAUCGAUUCAUCACGGCUAAGUGUCAGACUAUGUCGCGUCAGUCGCGUGCACUCAACAGCAAUCCUCAAAUCGUGAUAAGACUUCUAGGGAUGUGAUUCCAACUUACCGAAUGCAGAUGAAUCUGAAUUGACGACAGGGACACAUCUGUGGGAAAUAUCUGCAUCGUGUUUGACGUAUUGCAGCUUCUGUCCUGUCCCUAUCGUCAGUUACUAAAUUUAAGAAAGUGUAACAACCUCUAAGGUGACUGUCACAUAGAGACUUAGAAUAAUGCCAUUUUUUUUUACCCAUUUUCAUACGAAGCAUUUUCGCUAAAUACCGGGAAAUCCAUGUUAUCUGCUACGACGUAGCGUUACGACCGUAGCUCAGCGGUGAAUGUGUUAAGACAGCGAAUAAUGUAGAUGUCGUGACCAAAUCAUAGAUUUUUAUCAUUUCAUGAUAUAUCUAUCUUAUAUAUAUCUUAGAAUAAAAUUUAUCACCUAAUUAUAAGGUUAGGUUAAGUUUGGUUAGUUUAUCUCAUGUUGUGGCCUACCAAUUAUUUUAUGUAAUGAUCAAUUCAAAGAUCUGGCCACGACAUAUACACUGUUGAGCAAGUUUACGGUAACCGAUGUUUAAAUAAAGACAAGCACAAAAAAAUAAAGUCGGUAGCUGAAAGUGUGAAAAUAAAUGAUUAGUCUGUGCAUUCGACUCACAUCUGCUAGACGUCUAUUGGAAUAAAGCCACCUUUCUUCCGAACACAAAUCCUAGCUGCUUAAGAAUAACCUCACGAUCCGCAUUUCAUAUAUGCGAUACGACGAGAAUGGAAGGUAUUUUAAAUACAAUUACGGGAAUGUGUUAUUAGGUUGGGAUCGGGACUUUUGGUGCUCCCACAUUGGCUGUUAUAACAUGUUAUAUAACAUCGUGUGACAGGGACACCAUAAUAAAUUACUAUCACGAUGUCCCUGUCAUACGAUGUUGUAUAACAUUAUAUCUUAAUUAUCCCUGGUCGUUAAUUAGUGUAGGUUUUAAGGUUCUGACGGAAGAUCAGCGCUGUGGUCUCCGCAGCAUUUAUGCUGAGUCAGCGCCUAUUCUUUACUUUACCAUAACACGUGACCCUCUACUAAUCUAAAAAUAAGACACGUAAUACAUUGUUAUUGAUAUUAGUGUUAAAUUGUAUGUUACUUUUUCUUUCUGUUGUCAAUUUUCUUUUUGUCUCUUGUUAUUUGUUUGUGUCAGAAAGCAUGUAAGUUGUGGUUGAAUAAAGAUUUUAUCUAUCUAUCUAUCUAUAUAUACGAGUAACAGCCAAUAUAGGAGCACCAUUUGGGAUAAAACAAGACUUGGGAAAAUAAGACUAGGUUAUCUCCUCUCACGAGUCUGUCUUUGCAUAGCUUGAAACUCAAUACAUGUAUGGUUCCACUAUUUUAGCAUAAUUCUAAAAACAUAAUCGAAAAAAAUAUAUGUACAAAAUUUUACGAGAAUGCAUUGCGAAACAAAUACAUUGCUUUCCACUAGCUCGGUCAAAAUGUCAUAUUAUCGUAGUUUAACGCUGGUUUAUUUUUCAAUAUUUGUUUACUGACCUUAAAUAUAAACCGUGGUCUACAUUGAAAAUAGAGAUUGUAUAAAAUAAACAAUGUAGUUUAACUGUUCAUGUGCCAUUUUGUUUUCGGAGCAUAAUACACGGAAUCGCUUCAAUUACAAAUUAUACCGAGUAUGGUUUGGUUAUAUCAUAUUUCAAGAAUUUACUUAUCUUAACUACAGAAAAAUAUGAAGGGUCCCCAGCAAGCUCGGUUUUCCAUACAAACGUUGUUACGCUCUCAUUUUGAAACUACUUGCUAGAAAAUUUUGUACAAAAUUUUACAAAAAAUACAGCGACUUUUCAUACAAAACUUGUUUUUGCGCUAUUUCGUUUGUUUUAUAAGCUGGAGCUUUAUAAACUGAUUACAGGCAUAGAUAUACCUCAUGUCAUUGUAUACAAACUUUAUAUACAAUGUGUGUAUUGUAAACUUUGCAGUUUCAUUACAAUCAAAAUUCUUUGCAGUUUUAAAACGAGAAUCAUGUUAUUUAAGCAUAAAAUGAGGGCGUACCUUCGGUUGUAUGGUGGCGGUUAGAUUCGUGUGACUCUUAAGGUCAGGUAAGAAAACUUAUUUUGUCUGGGACCCAAUUCGAACAAUGCUUAUAAGAUGUCAUAGCGAUACGAUACGGAUCUGUUACUGUCUUAAGUGACGUAAAGUUUACGUCACUUUAGACACUGACAGAUCGGUAUCGUAUUGCUGUGAUAUCUUAUAUAGCAUUGUUCGAAUCGGGCCGCGCCAGAUCAGUAUGAAAACUCCGAGGUUUUCUCUUGUCCUGGAGCUCCCCACCUGAUCCUAUUUUUUGAUUGCCGGUUUACAUAUCCUAAUUUCGUAAAAUCCUGAAAUUACAAACAAGCAAAACUCCAACUAAACGCGGAUUACCAUACACUAAAAAGUUCUGACGUGAGCUCAGCGUUUAAGCCUAACAAUAAAUUGUGAGGGGCCUUCAUAAUAUUCCCGUGCCUUUGUCUGCGGCGUCCCGGCGUGAAUAGUUUCUAGAAGGAUAUAGGUCGUACGGUACGAGUAUAUAAAGUGCCUAGUGUCGGUGAAAACUCGAGGCAUACGAGUCUUAAUUUGAAGAACUCAGUUCAGACACAUGAUUCAGAUUUAGACGCAAUCGGUGCAGCAAAGAGUUAUUGAUGGUAGUAGAGAAGUAAAGUCUAAGAAAAGAUGUGCCUCAUAGAGGCAACAGAACCAGAUGGCACUGUGCUGUGCCGUAUAUUUUGUGGUCACUGAUUUGUCAAAAUGGAAAUUUUUGACAACUAGGCUUACCGCAUAAUGUACUGAGCCGUACAGCGCCAUCUCGUGUAGCUAUCAAAUUCGAACCACGAAAUUGCCUUAGACUUAACUCAUCUGGUACAUGCAGUAAAUCUUUAGGUGUAGUAUGCAGUAUUUAUUACUGGGUGCUUCAUACAUAAGUGGCAUAUAGUUCGUGUCAUCCACGAUGACGCGCAGUUUUGUCAAAUCUAACCUUUAAUGACAUGACAUUACGUGUCAAGGCAUGCGUACGGAAUAUUAUAGUGUCGUACCGAUUCCUUACUCUCAAGCCAUAAAAGGCCCUGACGUGACUCUGUGGUUAAAAUACUUUAGAGCCGGGGUCUCCACUAGUUUCUUCUGAGGUCCGGUUUCUAAAUAAAAAGACCAUCGCGGUCCGUUUAAAUCUACUUGAAUUUAUUAAAUAAGCCAAAAAAUUAAUUUGGAGUGCGGA